AUGAGUAAAGUAAUAGAAAAUUAUGUUUUAAAUGAAGUCAUCGGCAGUGGGUAAUAUGGUAAGGUUUAUAAGGCUAAGAAUAUGAACAAUGAUUAAGUAGUAGCUAUUAAAGUAGUAAAAAUGGACAAAUUUAGAGAAAUUCCAAAGCUGCAUGAAUUCACUAUGAACGAAAUUCGUACCCUAGCCAAGAUUGAUAACCCUAAUUGUGUUAAGUUCUAGGAAAUGUUAAAAACUUCAAAUAACAUGUAUUUAAUAUACGAAUAUUGCAAUGGAGGAACACUUGAACAAGCAAUUCAUCGCAAAAAAUUUCUUUCUGAGGGCGAAACUAUUAAGAUUUUCGCUUAACUAUUGAAUGCAUUUAAGGCUAUGAUUAAAGAAAAUAUACUUCAUAGAGACUUAAAGCCAUCUAAUAUUUUAUUCCACAAUAAUGUAAUUAAAAUUGCGGAUUUUGGAUUCUGUAAAUCUUUGAUGAAUCCUUAGGAUAUGACUUCUACUAUGGUUGGUUCUCCUAUCUACAUGGCUCCAGAAGUAUUAAAAGGCAUGCCAUACAAUACAAAGGCUGAUGUUUGGUCUAUGGGUGUGGUUUUUUUUGAGUGUCUGUUUGGGUACUGCCCUUAUGAAGACUAAAGUAUAGCUAAGCUAAUCACUCAAAUUGAUAACACAGAAUUAUAAAUUCCUCGUUAUAUAAAUUAAAUUUCCAAGAAGGCUGAAGACUUAAUUCGCGCAAUGCUUGUAGUCGAUUUUCGUAAACGUGUAGAUUGGCCAUAGCUCUUUGCCCUCACUGAAGAAAAAUUUCAUAUUUAAAUAGGAUCUACUUUCUUGACUACCACUUAUUUGAAUUCAAAUUUAUCACCUUAGCCUCUUCAACUUUAGAACGCAACACAAUCUAACUAGUAAAACUAAUAGUAGCACUUUUAACAACAGUAACAAUAACAACCGCUCUUAAUGAAAAAACAUUCCUCUUCUAAUCUUGGUGUCAACACUUCACCAAAUUCAUAAUAACCUCCAAAUUUAAAUUCUCUUAAUGGAUUAGGAAUAGGACAAAACAGUAGCAAUAUUAUGUUAGGAAGCUUAAAUAAUAAUCUUGGAGUUAGCACAAAUAAUACAAAUAACUUUGGUUUAGGAAAUUCUUUAGGGAGCAAUGCAUAAAUAUAAGGACUUGGAUUAUCAACCAAUAAUAAUAAUAAUAUUCUUGGGUUUAAUAAUAAUAAUAACAUUUAAGGAGUUACUAAUAAUAACAACAAUGUUAGUUCCACCAACAACCUUGGUUCUAGCAAUAACUUAAACUUUUUACCUUCUAAAAACAAUAAUAACUAAGGCUAAGGAACAACUUACCUUAAUUAUUCAAAUAAUUUUAAUACUAACCCUUCUUCUUCUCUAAGUGGUGUUGGGACAGGUCUUGUUAACGGAAUAUCGCCACUUUCUGCAAACAAAGACAUAUUAAAUGUUCUCUCCCCUUCUAACAAUAGUAAUACAAAUAACAUGUUAAACCACUUCAGCAGCGCAAUCAAUUCUUUGCCACCUAACAGCAAUAAUAAUGGAAAUAACAAUGGUAAUUAUUUAAAUAAUGCUCCGUAUUAAAACAACCAAAAUUAAUAGAACAACACAGUUCAAAAUGGUAAUUUAAACCAAAAUUUCUUAAUUCCAAGCAACAAUAUUAGCAAUAACAGCAAUGUUAAUACUAUUGGUAACACUUUGGGUAGUGGAUCUACUCAGGAAGAGAAGACUAAAAUGAGUAUGAAUAUGCGUAUUCUAGUAAGGGAAAGAAACAAAAUAAAUUUUUUAUCAAAUGUACUUGGCACUCUUUUAGAGUUUAAUUACUCUAUAAAAACUCCAGUAGUAGCCUUCUUAAUAAUGAAAUAUAUUAAUAUCUAUACAGAUCAGUUAAAAUUAACUGUUAAUACAUUAAAAUCUACAAAUUUAUCAAAAAGAAUGGAAAAAAUUGAGACCUUCGAAAACUCAAAUGAGUUUAAAAAAUUCAAAGGAAUCUUGACAAGGGAGAUCCAUUUAAUAUCUAACAUAGUUGACCUCUUUAAAGUUGAAAUUCUAAGACUGAUAAAAACAUCACCUCAUUACUAAGACAAUCAGUUGCUAAAAAAUGAAAUCAAUAAUAUACAAUCAGUUGAUAACUCAUUCUUUUAGACAACGAUUUACAAUUAUGUGGAUGAAAUCUUUUCAAAAGCCAAAGAACUCCAUUUAUAGUUACAGUAGAUGUCUACUACUUCUCAUUAAUAUAUGGCACUCACAAACGAAACACGUUAAGUACUUCUUCAUGUUAAUGAAAUGCUGGACUCAUUUAUGAUAGAAGAAUUCUUUGAAAACUUCAUUGAUGUCAACUCAAAAUAUGUAGAAUAAAAAUAUUUUGAGAAUAUCAAAAAAUAUAAACCUGAUUCUUUAUAAGAAUUGGUAGCUCAUAAAUUUGAUUAUGUACGUUCUAAGUUAAAUCCUGUAAACUCUUGA